CUAAAAUACAACGAAGAUGUUCCGAUGAUCCAGCCGGUUAAAAAUCAUCUCUGGCAUUUUUAUAUGACUAAUAGCGAAUUAACCGUAACCUCAAACGUACACAAAUACAUGUGACUAAUGUGAAUAAGUGAAAUUUUGUUAUGAAUUAUACAAUGAAGACUCAAAAUUGGAACGAAUUAGAGGUGUCUCUGAGUAACCCCGUGUUAAAAACUAUCGAGGAAUUAAAAUUUCUGUACAUGACACCUGUCCAGGCAGCCUCUAUUCCCUUGUUAUUAAAGGGAAAAGAUGUUGCAGCAGAAGCAGUAACAGGAAGUGGGAAGACGAUUGCCUUCUUGAUCCCAGUACUAGAAAUACUGCAGAAGAGAAAAGAGAAAUGGAAGGCUACAGAAACUGGGGCAAUAAUAAUUAGCCCUACCAGAGAAUUAGCUGUACAAAUAAGUGAAGUCUUACAACAAUUUCUGGCGAACAUACCAGGCUUGAAGCAAGCAUUAAUUGUUGGUGGCACGACAGUUACAGAGGAUGCAGAUAGGCUUAAAACAGGUGCAAACAUUAUUGUAGCAACACCUGGUAGAUUAGAAGAUUUAUUAUCCAAUUGUAAAGCUAUAAACUUGGCUGCCUAUGUAAAAUCUUUGGAAAUAUUGAUCUUGGACGAAGCUGAUAGACUAUUAGAUUUAGGCUUCUCUGCGACACUGGACACGAUACUGAGUUACUUACCACGUCUGAGGAGAACUGGUUUAUUCUCAGCGACGCAAACGAAGGAAUUGCAGCAGCUGAUAAGAGCUGGGCUCAGAAAUCCAGCUCUGAUAACUGUUAAAGAGAAACCAAAUAUUUCCACGCCGUCAAAUUUAAAGAAUAAUUACGUUAUCGUAAAUGCUGAACACAAGUUGUCAGUAAUGAUAGAUUUCAUUGAAAACGAAGGAAUUGGUUCAAAGUACAUGAUAUUUUUAUCCACAUGCGCGUGUGUCGAUUAUUUCAGUCACGUUAUACAAACUAUGUUACCGUCUCUUCGAGUCUUUGCGAUUCAUGGUAAAAUGAAGAACAAGCGGUACAAAGUGUUCAAGGAAUUUCGGGAGGCUGAAAGUGGUAUUUUAAUUUGCACGGAUGUAAUGGCACGUGGUAUCGAUAUUUCAGAAGUAGAUUGGGUAUUACAGUACGAUCCACCUUGUUCUGCUAGCAGUUUCGUUCAUAGAUGCGGUAGAACAGCCAGGAUUGGGAACGAAGGUAACGCAUUAUUAUUUCUGUUAGAGACAGAAGACACGUACGUAGACUUUAUUAAAAGAAAUCAAAAAGUAGAGUUACAAAAAAUAAUUUUGGAACCAUCGGAAAUUUCCAAUGAGAAAUGUUUGAAGUGCAUGAGAGACUUGCAAAAGCAGGACCGAUCUCUUUUUGACAAAGCUAAUAGAGCGUUCGUAUCGUAUGUCCAAGCGUAUAAUAAACACGAAUGUAACUUAAUAUUGAGACUGAAAGAUAUAGAUUUGGGAAAACUUGCAAUGGGUUUCGGGUUAUUGCGAAUGCCUCGCAUGCCUGAACUCAAAGGAAAAGACUUGUCGUCCUUCGAGGAAGAAAACAUUGACAUCAAUACAAUUGAAUAUUCAAAUAAACAGAAAGAGAAAAGUCGUUUAGAAAAGUUAAAAGUCUUUCGAGACAGCGGCGUAUGGCCUAAGCAGCAGAAGCAUAAACGUAAGCAGACUGAGUCGUGGUCCGAGGCUAAGAAGAAGAAAUUAGAUAAACUAGAAAAUCGUAAAAAACGUAAGGAGAAGAAACUAAAGCAACAAGUGUCAACAAGUGUAAUGAAGAAACAGAAAAGGAAGAUAAACGAAGAGGAUAUCGAAGAUCUAGCAAGAGACAUAGCGUUAAUCAAGAAAUUAAAACAAAAGAAGAUUUCACAAGAAGCGUUUGAUGUCGCUUUUGGAAUCGAUUGAAAAGAUCAAUUUUAGGAUAACACGCAAUAAUUCAUUAUUCAAUUUCUUAAGUGCGUUUGUAUAUAUAAAAUACUAUCAUCUAAUAAAAAAUGAAGGUAAAAAUAUGUUUCUCUCAACAUGAAUAUCGGAUAGAUAAAGGAACACAAUCUUUAAGAUAUCUCAUAUUUACUCAAUUCACUGAUAACAGUGAGUGUACAGUAGUAUUGAAAAUAACGUUAUUAAAAAAGGAACCGUUCCUUGUAAAAUUAAAUAAUUUUAAGAAACUUGAAAUAAAGUGUAUAUUGAAAUAUAUUUUAUACAUGAAACCAUAGAGUAAUGUACAUGUAUAAAAAAGAAUUGAAAUAAUCCCCUGGUAAAAAUGAUGAUUGAAUCCGCUGAGUACGCUCUGAACAGUGUGAACACACACGUUAUAUAGUAUGUGUACACAUGUGUGUGAUCAUUUUGAAGAGAAAGGUUCCCGCAUCUGAGAGUGGGCCCCACUUAACGCGAACUAUAGUUCAUAGAAGGGGAAAGAAAACAUGAGAGCAUGAGACUGGCUUAGGUGAG